AUUAAGGCUGCACUCGGGGAGGCUGCUUUCCCGCAGAGCGCCCCGCCGGCCCGGCACCCGCCCGGCGGGCGCGGGAACGGUGCGCCGGGGUCGGGGUCCCCGCAGAGAGCCGCGGCAGCCGCCGCCGCGCCUCCCAGUGCUAAGCACGUGUAGGUAGGUAGGGACCCCCGCCCGGGCGCGCCCCGCUGGCCCCUGCCCGCACACGGCUCGGUCCGGCCCCGGUAGGGGCCGACAUGUGCAGCCCCGCCGGCCCGGCCUCCCCGCCCCAGCCGCACGGCCCCGCAAGUGCUUCCCGCGGCGGCCCCGGACGCGUAGCGGAGGGGAGGUCCGCCUCCGCCACCCCGCAGCCCUCUCGCAGCCGACGGGGACCCCGCCGUCCCGGACGGGCCGUAGCCAUGCGACGUACACGUAGCCAACCCACUCCGCAUUCCCCCGCACCUCCGGUCCUUUCGCCGGUACCCCCGCAAAUACCCCCGCGAUCAGCCAAUCUGCAGGCCGGCCCAGCCCGCCGCAGCCGGUGCGACACUCGUUCGCACAGGGGAACGCACGCUCCGCCGCCGCCGGAUCGGGCCCCGCAGCCUGCGACCGCCAGGCCCGGUCGAGGCGGACCGGGCCGGGCCGGGUGGGCAGCCUGGGACCGCGGUAACGCGAGGCUGGGUGGGGAGCGCGAUAACGCGAUUGUUGGUGUUUCCUUUCGUUGUUUUUCGUUUUCUUUCGUUUCGUUUCGUUUUCUUUCGUUUCUCCCGCCGGUGACGGGCGUCCAGCGGGUUUCGCGGAGCCACCUCGCCGCCGUGCCGGCGGGUGACGCAUCGAGUGAGCCUGUCGAGCUCUUCCGCACUGAGGGUCCCUCAGGCACAGAACUUCGCCGGGCAGCGGCCGAGCCCGGCGGGCUUGGAUCAGCGACGAGGGAAGGCCACCGGAGCCGGCCGCGUACGCCGGGCAGCAUGCCCUCUGUAGUGGAGGCGGAUCGGUGGUGAGUUCAGGAUGGGAAGGCCGAAGAAGCGGGGAGAUGGUCGGGCCCGACCGUGCCCGUACCGAGGCGGCUGGCGCCGAGGAGCGCGACCGGACCGGGGCGAGCAGUGCGGAGGUACAGAGGCCUGGGGGAGGAAGGAGCAGGGCAGCCCUGGUACCUGCCGGCGGGUCUCAGCCCGGGUUGCGGUUGCAGGGCUUUCCCAAGCCGGCUGGGCUGGGGUCACCGGGCUAUUAAUGGUUAUUUUAUUUAUAUCAUUAGCGGCGUCCCCUGAGCUCUGUUUACAGCAGGGCCUUGUUGUCCCGGCCGUUCCUGCGCUCUGUUUAGACAGGGGAUUAUUGUAAUGGAUGGAGCUCGCCGUGCGGAUGCUGCAGCGGAGCCAAGAGCGCCGAGAGCCUCCCCCCCGGCCCGGGGAGCGAGCAGCAGCCCCGCUGCGGCCGCGCACACCGCGGUGGGCGGGCGAGGGAGCGAGCAGCCCGCUCCCACCCGCGGGCCCCGGCCGCAGGCAGCCCGGUAGCAGCGGCCGCGGCCGGGGGUCUCGCUCGGGGCGAUGCUAUCAGCACCAGGGCUGCUAAUUGCUCCAUUAGUCCUGCGGGUGCGGAGGGCUGGAGCCGGCCCCGCGCUAAUGGCCGUAAACAAACAAACACGCUAAUCCGGCCCUGUCUCCGGCUGCCGUGCUCGGGGAGCCGACGGGGCACGGCGGCGGGAGGCGCUGGGCGGGCGGCACCCACCUGCCCGCCGCCCCGGGAGCCCGGCGGCCCGCGGGCUGGGGCCGUAGCCGGAGCGGAGCGCGCCGCCGGGAGCUGCCCCCCGCGCCCGGCUCUAUUUACACAGAGCCUGCCCUUGUGUAAACGCUGCGCGCCGUGGUUUAUCUCAGGGCCCGUCUGGUUCUCGUUCUCUGUCAGCAGCGCCCGGUGAAGGAUGGCCCUUUCCCAGGAGUUCGGUCCUGAUUUAUGUGAGAACCGCAGCGCGCCGGGGACGCCCCCGCACGGCGGGGCCGGCGACGCGACGCGGAGAGGCGGCGGGGCUCGGGACAGCGACCCGCCGCCGGGGCUGCCGGUGGGGCCGCGUCCCGUGCAGCCCGCACCGGCUCCGCACGGCCCGGUCACCUGCCGGCAGCGGACCCCGCGGUCCUGUCGUGUCCAGGGGCACGGCACG